UUCCGCGCUGGGAGCUGCCGAGAACAUCGCAGUAAGGAACAGGCGGAGGAGGCAGGAGGAACGGCAACAUGGAAAACAAAUGGUUCAUGGACAUGAUCUUUGAUGAAUUUAGGGAUGGCAAGAUCAACAUAGAUAAGACCUUGAAAUUGUUCAACAAGUUUGAAGUCUCUUAUGACUACGUUCAUGUUAAAAAACUGUUUAAGAAAAAUGACAAACAGAAGUCCGGACUUCUUACCAUGGAAGAUUUUAGGGCAAUUUAUCGGACACUCCUGCACAGGCCUGAACUUAGCGAACUUUUCAACAGCUACUCGCCGAACAAGAAAGUGCUUACAGCAGCAAAUCUAGCUGAUUUUCUGAAGAAGGAACAGUUUGAGCUUGGUGCUGAUGAACGAAGGGCUGUUUCACUCAUUAAUAAAUAUGAACCCAUUGAUGAAGCAAGAAGCAAAAAGGAGAUGACCAUCGAAGGCUUCGUAAGAUACAUGCUUUCAGAAGAGUGCAACAUAUUUAAACAAGAGCACAAGUCCAUUUACCAGGAUAUGAGCCAUCCGAUGUGUGAUUACUUUAUAAAUUCGUCACACAACACCUACCUGAUACAAGACCAGCUCAUAGGGCCGAGUCACCUGUGGGGCUACGCCAAUUCCCUAAAGAAGGGAUGCCGCUGUGUGGAAAUUGAUUGCUGGGAUGGGCCAAAUGAAGAACCCGUUGUCUAUCAUGGACAUACUUUAACGAGCAAAAUCACCUUCCAGAAUGUCAUCAAUGUGAUCCACAAGCAUGCCUUUGAGGCAUCAGAUUAUCCCAUUGUUUUAUCUUUGGAGAACCACUGCAGCCCACCGCAACAGGAGAAGAUGGCAGCUCAUAUGCUGGACAUUCUCAGAGACACUCUGUGUACUUCAACACUGGAUGAUACGAUGCCAUCGGCACUACCCUCCCCAGAGGAACUGAAAUUCAAGAUCUUAAUAAAGAACAAGAAAGUUGGUACACUGGAAGAUACCCUUCAACGGAGAGGUGAGAGAUGUCGGGGCCAGACUGGAGAAACUGAAGAUACAUCAGCAUCAGAGGAAGAAGAUGAUGCUAAAGGGCAUUUGCUAAAGAAGGCACUCCCUAAGAAGGCACCUCCAAAGAAGGACAAGGACAAGGGCCAUAAGGUGAAGGUAGCCAUGUUGCUGUCAGAACUUGUGAUUUUCACAGCAUCCCGAAAGUUCGUCAGCUUUGAAGAUUCCAGGGAGAAACAGAAAUUUUACCAAAAUAAUUCCAUCGGAGAAGUGAAGGGCCAAAAACUUAUUAAAAAGAAAGCCCCUGACUUUGUCUCACACACUGUCCGCUUCAUUACAAGAAUUUAUCCCAAAGGGACCAGGACGGACUCUUCAAAUUAUGAUCCACAGGAAUUCUGGAAUGUUGGUUGCCAAAUGGUGGCCUUAAAUUUCCAAACACCAGGAGUCCAAAUGGAUUUACUAAAUGGAAAAUUUUUGGACAAUGGCGGUUGUGGUUUUGUGUUAAAGCCAGAAUUUCUAAGAAGGAGAGACACAACCUACGACCCACAUCAGAUGGCUGCGAAAUACAGCCCCAUUACACUGACAAUAAAGAUCAUUAGUGGUUAUCAGCUGCCACCAAGUAACCUGUCUAAGAGUAAUAAAGCUGACCCUUUAGUUAAAGUUGAAAUCCAUGGUGUUCCAGCAGAUAUCGCCAAACAUCAGACGUCUGUCAUAAAGAACAACGCUCUGAAUCCUCAGUGGAAUGAAACUUUCACAUUUAACGUCCAUGUACCAGAUCUUGCCUUAGUACGCUUUGUUGUAGAAGAUCAGAUGGCAUUAACUUCUAAUGACUUCCUUGGUCAAUUUACUUUGCCAGUUUUAAGCAUGAAUAAAGGUUAUCGCCACGUUCCACUGGUCUCCAAACUCGGGGUAACCCUCAAGCCUGCCUCCCUCUUUGUGUACAUUUGGUACUUUCCGCAAUAAUAUCACCACUGAUCCCCUGCCUGCCAUUUCAAUAAAGCAACCAUGAUCAAAGCA